AUCUAUACUAUCAGAAAAGAAAAAAUGGCUGCGUUCAAUCCAAAAUCCAAGAACCAUUACAGAGUUCGUUCUGUCAGCUUGCCUACAAGAUCACAUCCUAGCACAAUCAGGAUUGAGCAAGCGGUGAACAAGCUAAAGACUUGGGAGACAUCCUCUUCUUCCUUCUCCAAGGCGGAUAAGAUUUGCCUGUCUUUGUCAGGCCUUAAAGAAUUGCAUGAAGGCAUAGAGGAACUUCUUGCGUUGCCACUGACUCAACAAGCCCUUUCACAGCAUCAGCAAGAUCACAUGGUCAAUGAGUUAGUUGAGGAAUCUGUGAGAUACGUAGAUGUUUGUAGCAACGCAAGAGAUACAGUCAUGCAAAUGAAAGAAGGCAUUAAAGGGCUCCAAUCAUCUCUUCGACGAAGCAAGCUGCGAGAAUUGAGAACUGAAACUGAUGUAGCAUCUUUUAUGUGCUCCAGAAAAAGCUUACAGAAGGAGAUCUCAAGGUCUCUUGCAAAGCUGAAGCAUGUAGAUAACAAAAUGGUCCCUCUGCAUCUGUCAAAUUCUGAAGACGAUCAGCUGUCAAUUGUGCUCAGAGCCCUGACUGAAGCGAGUCUCUUGAACAUCUCAACUUUCUCAUCUCUGCUGUUAUUUCUGUCAGUUCCAGUGAUGAAAUUAAAACCUACUCGAUGGACAUUGGUUUCAAAUUUUAUUUACAAAGGAGGAUUGGCAUGUGAAGGUGAAAGGAAUAAUUUGAAUGAGCUGGAAGAUGUAGAUAUUGCCCUUGGCAAUUUACUCAUUGAUGAUUCCUGCAAAGAUGAUGGAACCGAGAGGAUUGAAUCAGCUCAAAGAAAGUUGGAAGCCUUGGAAACUAUACUUGAGAGCCUUGAAAAUGGAUUAGAGCUUUUGUUUAGACAUUUGAUCCGCACAAGAGUAUCUCUUCUGAACAUACUCUCAGCAGGAACAUCUUAAGGUGCCAAAUUUAUCAUAUGGUAUCUCAAAUUCUCUAGUCUUAGGUGUUACAAAAGCCAUGACGCACAGAAUUGAUUGUUCGAGAAAAAAAUUGUAUAGCAACAGAAAGAAACUGAAUCUGAAGAAGAAAUUUCAGUUCAAUCUGCCUACCCUGUCCACCCUUUUUCUUUGUUUGGUCUUGUUCAAGAAACUGUAGAAAUGUAUGCUACGGAUGCCAAAAUAUAACGACCCCGAAAAAUAUAAUCUGUAAUGUAGUAUCAAUAGCCUACAAAAACCUCUUAUAUUAUCAGAAUAUAAGCGAGUAUAGGAGAUACACUUGAU